UUACGAAAUCAUUGUAUCGUCAUCAGCGUAGUGCCACGGUUGUGCUCUGGUCGUGAAGACACCUAGUUCAAAAGGCAGAAGCAGCUCCUUGUUCUAGCACAGUAUAGUUCCAGAUCCCAGACAACCACAUUCGCACAUCUAGCCAACACUCUCUCUCACACACACAUCUCUAUACGACGUCGGCCUGCAAAAGUGGAGUGAAGGAAGAAGAAAAUUUUCCUCGGUCGGUACAUUUCGGUGAAAGAGCAAAAGAGAAAGAAUAGGCAAAAAUUGAUUUUUUUUGCUGGCUGGAAUUUUCUCGCCACAAACGGAAAAAGUAACCAAAACAGGUCGAUUCCGGCCUACUGUUGAUAACGCUUUUGUUCGUUGCAUCGAUCAGUAGUGCGGACUCCUCGCUCUCUUCGGAAGUGAAGUUCUCGAUUCUGACAGUGUGUGACAUUUGGUAAACGAAGAAGGUGCAGAUCAAGCGACGCUGAGUGAGGAAAAAGUUCGUCUAAAUUUGGAAGUGUUUGGUGAAUUGCUGCGUGCGUGAGCGUGUGUGUGUUUGUUAACAGCACGCCUCCAAAGCAAAUUUUAAUUGUGAAAGCAGGGUAAAAGUACAGCCUCAAAAUUACUACUUCAAUCAUGACCAACAAAGUGCUGGCAGCCGUACAAGAUCUACAAAAACAAAAUGGCGAAUCGCAGCAGAACACCACUGCAGCGUCAUCCGGAUCGGACAACGCACGCACCAACCUGAUCGUGAACUACCUCCCACAAACAAUGACUGAGGAGGAGAUCCGUAGUCUUUUCUCUUCGGUGGGGGAGGUAGAAAGCGUCAAGCUGGUUCGGGACAAGAACGUCAUCUACCCGGGUCAACCGAAGGGGCAGAGUUUGGGGUACGGCUUUGUGAACUUCCACCGGUCUCAGGAUGCUGAACAGGCGGUGAAUGUGCUGAACGGGUUGCGGCUGCAGAACAAGGUUCUGAAGGUGUCCUUUGCCAGACCCAGCUCGGAGGGCAUCAAGGGUGCAAAUCUGUACAUCUCGGGUCUGCCCAAAACCAUCACCCAGGAAGAGUUGGAGAUUAUCUUCCGGCCGUACGGAGAGAUUAUUACGAGCCGUGUGUUGGUACAGGAUGGCAAUGAUAAGCCAAAGGGUGUUGGGUUCAUUCGUUUCGAUCAGCGCAAGGAAGCUGAACGGGCUAUUGCUGCACUGAAUGGAACGACCCCGAAGGGAUUGACCGACCCGAUUACGGUCAAGUUCUCCAACACUCCCGGACAAAACUCGACCGCUAAGAUUGUGCAACCGGCGCUGCCCACUUUCCUGAACCCGCAGUUGACACGCCGGCUGGGUGCCAUUCAUCAUCCGAUCAACAAGGGAUUAGCUCGUUUCUCGCCGAUGGGUGGCGAAGUGCUGGACAUGAUGUUGCCGACGGCCCCAACCAACGGACUUGGCGCGGUCGCACCGUCGGGCGGCUGGAGCAUCUUCAUCUACAAUCUCGCUCCGGAAACUGAGGAAAACACGCUGUGGCAGCUGUUUGGCCCGUUCGGUGCCGUUCAGAACGUCAAGAUCAUCAAAGACUCCGCCACGAACCAGUGCAAGGGCUACGGAUUCGUCACGAUGACCAAUUACGAGGAGGCCAUGCUGGCGAUCCGAUCGCUCAACGGAUACACCCUAGGCCAGCGGGUGUUACAAGUCAGCUUCAAGACCAACAAAUCAAACUCCGGAUUGGGCGAUCAUUAAAGAUCAUUGUAGGAAGUAAAUCAAGCGCCUCAGGACGCUACCCCCUUGCGCGGCAGUAAUGGUCAUCCACCAUCCACACCCCCUUGUGAGUAAAUCGAAAGAGAGUUUUGAGUGAGUGAGCAAAUACAACGGUGCAAUAUUUCACUCACACACGCACGUAAAAGCAACCAUAUACAUAUACAAACACACAGACACAUACUAAAUAUUACCAAUUGCGAGCUUGUUGUGGAGGGUGCCGACAUUCGAUGCAACGACGACGCGAGGGUGCGUUCCGAGGAGUUUGAAUUUUUCCGACUUUUCAUACAAAACGCGCGCGCGAGCUGAGCUGAGCGCAUGCGGAAGAUCAAAGCCAGUGUCGUGAAAAUCACACAACUCACCCCCUCAACUCGACGCUCAGCUCUAACUCACACUGACACGUGUCCAAAGCCAGAGAGAUAGAUGACAUCAAACAAAAAUACGCAGCAGACAGGCAGACAGCACUGAGCUGGAAACAAGUAUGUGUGCACUUCCCUCCUUCUCUCUCUCUCUCUCUCUCUCUAUCUAUACAUGAUCCGUAGUAACGUACAAUUUCUCCUUGUUGGAUUACAUAUUAUAUACAAUUUUAUGCAUUCACGUUUUAAGCAAUCACAUCUUUACGCUUGCUCUUACUUGCUCGCAGCACAUCCGCUAAUCAUCUCUUGUUGGCGCUCUUGAGCGAGUUUCCAAACCUAUUGCCAUCUAGCACAUGUUCUCUUUCCGGCUCCGUCACACACAGGCGACUAAUAAAGCGACUAAUUCAGUGUUUCGUUUCGUCGUAUUCUUCCUCUUCUAAGGCAGCCCGACACUUAAAUAGAAUGAGCAGCUGGAAAAGUGAUGAUAACGUGUGAUGAGAUCAGAGUAUAAUAGAGGAGAUGCUCUGCUGCGAAUUUUUGAAAUGUCUUCAAUCUAGUUGGCUUGGCGCAAAUUACACAGAAAUUUGAAUUAGAUCCGAUUAAGUUCAAGAUUUUACGGUGGAAAAAAAAGAAAAGGAAACCAUUUUUGAUGGGGCUUCCUGAAGGAGCUGGUAGGAGGCUAGUUAACAAAUCCAACCAACACACAAGCUUGACAAAGCUCGUUGACACGACGAAAACGACGAUCAAUAAGUAACAACAGCAGACAUGCCAAGAAUGUCUGCUGGAUUUAAAAUAAAACUGAAAGAAACACGAAAUUCUAGUCAAAAGAAAAAGAAAUUUUUACAAAAGCAUAUUAGACAGCAUAGGAUCUUUUACGCUAUAGUCAUAAAUGUCCCACACGCCCCUUGGUAACAAAUACACACGUAUUGCAAGAACUAUUAAGCUAAAAUAAAACCAAGGAGGAUGUGCAUUUUCGCUGAGUGUUACAACAGUGAAAGUGGUACUGCAAUAUUUAUUUAAAAAGAAAACAUGCAAACUAUUACAUACCAAUGUCACGACACACAGUUUUCUUUUUUUCACACAUCCACGUACAGCUAUCACGAGCAGCCAUUUGUCUAAAUUUGGCAGAGCAUAACAGGCAAGCAAGAAAGCUAUGAUGAGAGACGAUACAAGAUAGUAUGAUUAAAGUAAUAUUUUAGGAAAAUUUUAUUUAUUUUUACAACUAAUUUAUUUAAAAAAGCAAAAACAAUGGGGUAACCGACGGUUAAUGUGUAAGAAAAGCAAACUAUUUGCUGAAAGUAAAGCAAAAAUAUAAACAUUGUAAUUUCAACUACAUGAAAGCAAAUAAUGAAAUGAAUAACCGCAAGUAUGUGCAUGAAACAAGCAAAGAGAUCUCAUUCUAGUAUAAAACUUAACGUGGUUAAAUGUAGAGGAGAAUCCCACACACACAAAAAGGAAGGAAGCAGAGCCAUUUAGUCAAAUUGAGAUAUUCUGUGGAGAGUCAUUCCUUUACACUGUGAAAGUAAAACAAACGCGCAAAUCGAAAGAGACACAAAACAAACGACAAAUGAAACGUACUUAGAAGAAUAUAGAAAGAAUGAAAUGACAAAGUUGAAUUACUGGGUUUUUAUCACUCAAAGUUGGGAAGAAAUUCAAUUUGUUACAAAGCAUUAAUGUUUUGUUUUAUGCCAACAGUUUUUAUGGCUAAUUUAUUUUUCAAAUCAACAGUCCGAGGACAUUUAAUAGACUUUUUAUACAAAAAAGAGACAAACUUAAAAUGGAAUACACGUGCUGAAACCCACCACUGACUACGAUUUAUGUUGUCUGUGUUAUUUUUUGGAGAAAAUUAAAUAAUUUUGAGCAGCUUUCCGGAAAAGUUUGCGACCAUUGGAAGUAAAGUAUUAUCAACAAGCCGCAAAGCGAAUGAAAAGGUACAUUUAUCAAGAUAUUCACACAACACUAAAUGGAGAUAACCAACGGUAUAAGCAGCAAACAGAUGCAUAAAACUUUCGCACAGUAAUUUUUAAGGUGAACGUAAAACCAGCUAUUUGAUAUACACAAAACAAAAAUACUCCCACUUCUUUUCUCUCUGAAACAAAAAUGAUAUUAAUCUUAAGGUUAACAUCAUUGCAAUUCCUUAAUUGUUCGUCCUCAGCUUAAUUUAUUAAACAAAAUAUUUAUUCAUUUUAAAGUAACAUUGCUUUGCAUUUAAAUCUACACAAAACAAAAACUUUCGUAAUUUCUAGUCGUUGCCAACAGUACGGCGCUUGGAAACGGCCUACUGUUGGUACUUAAAAAACGAGCGAAAAGUUUCAUGGAACCGUUCUAUUACUUUAAAGAAACAACAACACCCCAACACCCGAAUCUAUUCCAUAAAACUGUGAUAAGAGCAAAACAAGAACAAAAACAAAAAAACUACUUUAAGAAUGCGUUGACACAAGUGCAAAUAUUUCGGCUCGAAGUUUUAACCUGCGGCGCAGCAACCCGUGCCGCUGCCGCGUAUAUUUUUAGUUCUCAACUUUACUUAUUCCCACGACUCUUGUUGCAAAUUUGCACGCGCGGAUCUAAGCAGGCUCGCGCGUGAAGAAAGGCAUCUCUUCCCUUUUGACAUUUGACAGCGACAUGCACCCAGAGCCAGAGAGCAAAGGAGAUGCUCUUUUUUUUUGUUUUGGCGCUCUCACAUUUGUUCUUCUGUUUUAUUUCAGUUCUUUUUGCGUUUACUUUGUUUUGUUCUGUUCUUCUUUUCAUACGUUCUUUCACUUGUUUAUACGUUUAUUGUAUUUUUUCGUUUGUUUUGGUUUCUUUCGUUUUUAGUGCUACCAUUUUUGAUUUUGGAAAGAUUUGAAGAAGAAAAGAUAAUCUGACACGGAAAUCAUUAUUUGCUUCAGGUUUGACAGUAUUCAAAAACUAAACAAAAGAUCACAAUUCGACAAAUCUGUUCUUUUUAAACGUCAUUCAAUUUUUGUUUGCUUUAUUCUUACUCUUAAGUUGUAGCAGGAAACACACACACACAGGCAAAAUCACGUGCGUAAAAUCACAAAAUGUAAUUUUCUUUUUCUUUAUAUUAUUGUUUCGUAGGCACAAGGCCUUUAUUUUUUCAGUUUAUUUAUUGUUGUUUUCGUCCAUUCAAUUAUUCAGCUUACAUUUAAUAUAUUUUUAUCAUUUCGCCAUUUGGUGGAAAAAAAAUCGAAACAAGAUUUUGCUAUUGAUAGCUUAGUCUUACAGAAAUUUUCUUUCUACCAAAUGGUUUUAUUUAUAAGUUUUCAUAUGGGUUCACACUUUAUUUAUAUUAUUUAUAAGCAUUGUAUUUUUAUUUUAUUUUUAUUUUCGUCUUAAUUUCUCUUUUUCUUUUUCGUGUGUUUUUUUCUUUUCUUUUUUUAUUUUUAGGGUUUAUGUUAGAAACAAUUGAGAGUGAUGUGUGCAAUAGGAUGUGACCAUGUUUUUUUCUUUCUAUCCUACCUUUAAUCUUACUUUACCUACCCAUUCUACUCUUGCUUUUGCUUAGAUUAUCUUAAGGCAACUUAGAAUAUAUUUAGAGCGAAACGGACAGAGAGAAACCUUAUUUAUUGAAACAGAUUUUCACACUUAUUUAAAAACAAAUAGUUUGGGUAGCAAAACAUUAGACAAGUAAGCAUAUUUGUGUAUCACUCUUAUCACUGCACAGACACACUGGCAAUUUUGAGUUUUUGAGUUUAACCAUUUUAAAUUUUUGCCAGCAAACGCAACGUACUCUGUUUAUUUGAGUAUUUUGAAAGCGAGGCGCUAAUUUUUCAUCCUAGUUCCUUAAAACAAUGGGGUCAUAAUUUAAACCAAAAAAAGUGUCCCCGAGAAUCCAGCAAAUUGUGUUGACUAACAAUAAAUUGAGAAAUAAAAUUAUUUGGAAAAAAUCACAAACUCUCACUCACACAAGUACAAACAGAUCAAGAACAACGCUUAAGUGAAAAAUAGCAUUCCCACACAGGUUUUGAACACAACUCGUACUCGUAAUCAGACAAUUUGCUGGAUUGUCCCCCCUUCAAAUGCUAAAGAAAUGCGCUAAAAUAGAAGAAAACAGAAAAAAAACCGUGCUGAAAAUCAGCAAUUUAAACGAAACUAAAAAAAAAAUGCAGAAAGUUAUCACCAAAACCACCAACAUUGUUAUUACAAAAAAACGAUGGCUUGAUUUCUGUUCAGAAUCACAGUUUUUCACUGUAUUUUACUAGGAAGCAAUGUUUCGAACAAUUAUAUAAACACAGAGUAAUACCACCUUAAAGAGGAAAUCGAAGCGACUCUCAAAACAAAACUUUCGAAUAUUAAGCAAAGAAAAAACUGGGAAAAAUACUGAUAUUUGAAACCAACUAUAGAAAUAAUUGUCACAUUUGGUAGCUUCAGUUAUUGUUCCCCCUUCUGGACAGAUAUCUUGAAUGUAAGUGAAACAAUACAACAACAUUUUAACUUAUUGCAGAAAAAGAGAAAGAGACAAAAACAAAAAGAAAACAUUAGGAUAAAACAAAAGCAAAACGUAUAUAAUUACAGCUUUGAUUUGUCAUUAUUUAUAUUCGAAUUAAUCAAUGUAUGAUUUUAUUUUCCCAAAUAUGUUCUUGUGUAUAUAAAAAUUAUAAAACAGAAAAAUCAACAUUAAAAUAGUGAAAAAAAAAAUAUGGAAUACAAUAAAAACUUAUAAUUUA